AUGGGGCCAAUAACAAUAGAAACCAAGGAGAAAUUGGCUAAUUUCGACAAGCCUUACACCGCCAAGAAGGAUAAAAUUGUUGCUAGUGAAAAUCAGCCUUUCACUGUUGCUGCUUGGCGUUACAAUCCAGACACUGAUGCUAAUGCAGUUGAGCUAGUUAGUGAUGCGCCCACCACCAACGCCGUCACCACCAAGAAGGAUAGUGAAAAUCAGCCUUUCACUAUUUCUGCUUGGCGUUACAAUCCAGAAACUGGUGCUAAUGUAGUUGAGCCAGUUAGUCAUGAUGUGGCCACCACCAACGCCUUCACCACCAAGAAGGAUAAAACUGUUGCUAGUGAAAAUCAGCCUUUCACUGUUUCUGCUUGGCGUUACAAUCCAGAAACUGGUGCUAAUGUAGUUGAGCCAGUUAGUCAUGAUGUGGCCACCACCAACGCCUUCACCACCAAAAAGGAUAAAACUGUUGCUAGUGAAAAUCAGCCUUUCACUGUUUCUGCUUGGCGUUACAAGCCAGAAACUGGUGCUAAUGUAGUUGAGCCAGAUAGUCAUGAAGUGGCCACCACCAAGAAGGAUAAAACUAUUGCUAGUGAAAAUCAGCCUUUCACUGUUUCUGCUUGGCGUUACAAUCCAGAAACUGGUGCUAAUGUAGUUGAGCCAGUUAGUCAUGAUGUGGCCACCACCAACGCCUUCACCACCAAGAAGGAUAAAACUGUUGCUAGUGAAAAUCAGCCUUUCACUAUUUCUGCUUGGCGUUACAAUCCAGAAACUGGUGCUAAUGCAGUUGAGCCAGUUAGUCAUGAUGUGGCCACCACCAAGAAGGAUAAAACUGUUGCUAGUGAAAAUCAGCCUUUCACUGUUUCUGCUUGGCGUUACAAGCCAGAAACUGGUGCUAAUGUAGUUGAGCCAGAUAGUCAUGAUGUGGCCACCACCAAGAAGGAUAAAACUAUUGCUAGUGAAAAUCAGCCUUUCACUGUUUCUGCUUGGCGUUACAAUCCAGAAACUGGUGCUAAUGUAGUUGAGCCAGUUAGUCAUGAUGUGGCCACCACCAAGAAGGAUAAAACUGUUGCUAGUGAAAAUCAGCCUUUCACUAUUUCUGCUUGGCGUUACAAUUCACACACUAAUGCUAAUGUAGUUGAGCCAGUUAGUGAUGGGGCCACCACCGACACUGUCACCACCAAGAAGGAUAAAACUGUUGCUAGUGAAAAUCAGCCUUGGACUGUUGCUGCUUGGCGUUACAAUCCAGACAACAUCAAUGAGAAAUAUUCUAUAAAAGCUUCACAUAAUCAUCAUCAUUUCAUGCACAAUGCAAACUCGAAGGAUUCUGAGGUGAAGGAAGAAAACUUAAAUGGCGGGUCAGUAUUUUUCGUGGAGGAAAGUUUGCGUCUUGGAAUGAAGUUGAAGCAUGAUUUUCAAAAGACUAAAAAACGUCCUUAUUUGCCGAAAAAAAUUGCUCAAUCUAUCCCUUUUUCAGUAGAUAAAGUUGCAGAAAUUCUUAACUUGUUUUCGAUAAAGUCUGAAUCUGCGGAAGCAACAGCGAUAAAGGAGACUCUUGGUAUAUGUUUGCAAAGACCAAAGGUGAAGAAAGAAAAUAGGACUUGUGCACAAUCCAUAGAGGAUAUUGUAGAUUUUGUUGUAAAGGAGUUGGGGACAAAUGAUGUUGAAUUAAGAAUGAUGAGGAACAACAUUGAGGUACCUCAUGGCAUACAAGAUUAUGUGGUAACAAAGGUGAAGAAGUUGGUUGUACCAGGCAAUACAGCAGCAGCAUGCCAUAGGAUGGUCUACCCUUAUGUUGUGUACUAUUGUCACCACCAACAAGACAUUGGUCAUUACGACAUCACUUUAGUUAGCCCAACCUCCGGUAAGGCCAUUCAGACCACCGCCGUUUGUCACUACGACACAUAUGCUUGGCAACCAGAUGUCGAAGCCCUUCGAUACCUCGGAAUCCGUCCAGGAGAUGCCCCAGUUUGUCACUUCUCUGCCAUUAAUGACAUGUUUUGGAGUAUCAAACCCAACUCCAAGUAUAUAUCGCGCCAUGGCUCAGUAAAGAGAGUCAUAUAA